CCUGAGGAAGAACAGUUUGGUGUCGCCGCGCUAGCAGUACGUAACUCUCCGUUGUGGUGAUUUAAUAAUAGAAAGAAGACUUCCCCCCACCACACACGCUAUUGUACGGAGGAGACAACACGAAACAACGCGGACAGUGAAAACUUCGCUUGAGGACGCUUAAACCACCGUGGGAGGCUGAGUAGUUGGGAUCAACAACAGCUAAAGUGCUCAGUUGCCCUUCCCCUGUAAACCAAGGCAAGAAUAGCGGUCCAUCUCCCCUCAUCACACCGCCGACCACAUCCAUGUUGACUGCGGCAGCCUGCUCGCACAGUCCGGGGGUCUACAGACGCCGAACCCUCUUUGUUCGUGUGAGGAAAGCUCCGCUUUAACCAGAGCACAAGCUUGUUUUAACGACCACCGUGGGUUUCAGUUUGCGUCCCAUUUUUUCCCCAUUUUUAACGCAUUAAAAUGGCUGCUGAAAUAGGGGAAAAAAUGUCUUAAAUCGGUGCAAUAACACAUUCCCAUCCGAAAACAAACCAGCUUGUAGUGGGCUACUUUUGUUUUCGGCUAACGAAUCAUGAAUUAGCUAAAGAAGUUAGCUUUAAUUGAUGCUCGGAUAUCAGGAAGGUCCUUACGACAAGAGGUAGAUUUCUCCCACUUCGUAAAGCUUUAGUAAACCUUAUCAAACUAUACAUCCUAACCUUUUUUUUUUGUUUUACUUUUACUGGCUUUUUAAAAGCUUAGCUAUUCCAGUAUGCCAAACACUCGGUUAAUAUGGAGGACUUUGUUAUAAAGGAAAUCUAAGGGUUGCUCUUAGAGUCAUCGGAUCUCAAGGCCCGGGUCUCUUCCUCCGCUCCAAGGACUCUAGUAGCACCGACAGGAUGGAUCGUGGGGGGAAAUGUAAAGCUAAACUAUUUCUUUUCGGACCCAAACUGGCCGCCAGCGGCGACGAUUCGAGGGAGAUCAACAGAUACCUGGUGGUGUACGUUUUGUUUUCCUUCGCGCUGUUGGCGCACGGCUCUCCGGCGAAGCCGUGCGACAAGAACUGCCUGUCGGGGAAAUGCAUCAACGGCUCCUGCGUCUGUGACCGAGGAUGGGUGGGAGAUCUGUGCCAGCACUGCCAGGGCAGGUUCAGAUUGACAGAACCUUCUGGAUACCUCACGGAUGGUCCCAUCAACUACAAGUACAAGACAAAGUGCACCUGGCUUAUUGAAGCCUAUCCAAAUGCAGUUCUGCGGUUGAGGUUCAACCACUUUGCCACAGAAUGUAGUUGGGACCACAUGUACGUGUAUGAUGGAGACUCGGUGUACGCGCCGCUGAUUGCUGUUUUCAGUGGCCUCAUUGUUCCAGAGAUACGAGGUAAUGAGACGGUUCCUGAGGUGGAGACAACAUCAGGCUAUGCACUAUUACACUUUUUCAGCGACGCUGCCUAUAAUCUGACAGGAUUUGAAAUAUUCUACUCGAUCAACUCUUGUCCCAAUAACUGCUCUGGUCAUGGGAAGUGCACCCCAGGAAACUCAGCUGCCAGCAGAGUGUACUGCGAGUGCGACAAAUACUGGAAAGGCGAGGCCUGCGACAUCCCUUACUGCAGGAACAACUGCGGGAGCCCCGACCACGGCUACUGCGACCUCACCGGAGAGAAACUCUGUGUCUGUAAUGACAGCUGGCAAGGCCCAGAUUGCUCACUAACUGUACCUUCAACGGAGUCGUUCUGGGUUCUGCCCAGCGUCAAGCCUUUUGGCACUUCCCUCGCCAGAGCCUCCCACAAGGCUGUGGUGCAGGAGAAGACCAUGUGGGUGGUGGGCGGAUACACCUUCAACUACAGCUCAUUUCAGAUGAUUCUUAACUACAACCUGGAGAGCGGUGUUUGGAACACGGUUCCCAGCAGCGGCGGCCCUGUGCCAAGAUACGGCCACUCACUUGCUGCCUACCAGGACACGAUCUACAUGUUCGGUGGGAAACUGGAAGCCAGCGGGGGCAACGUGACGGACGAGCUGUGGGCGUUCAACGUAUCCAGUCGAACGUGGCAGCGGGGACACCCCGAUGUGGACUCGUCGGCUCAGGCUCAGCUUUACGCGGUGGAAGGACACACGGCCCACUGCGUCCAGCUGAACAGCGGCGACUCCAUCAUGCUCGUCAUCUUUGGCUACUCUCCCAUCUACAGCUACAUCAGCAACGUUCAGGAGUACAACCUGAAAUCCAACAAAUGGUUGGUGCCGGAGACAAAAGGGGCUGUUCCUCAGGGAGGGUAUGGCCACACCAGCACGUAUGACGGCGCCAGCGGCAGCAUCUACGUCCACGGCGGCUACAAGGCGCUGCCAGCCAAUAAAUACGGCCUCGUCGACGACCUGUACAGAUACGACGUCAACAUGCGGACGUGGUUCAUUCUGAGGGAAAGCAGCUUUCCCAGAUACUUGCACUCAGCGGUGCUCCUCAGCGGCACUCUGCUCGUCUUUGGGGGCAACACGCAUAACGACACGUCCCUCAGCAACGGGGCCAAGUGCUUCUCUGCUGACUUCCUGGCCUAUGACAUCGCUUGUGAUGAAUGGAGGCUCCUCCCCAAACCAGACCUGCACAGAGACGUCAAUCGCUUUGGUCACUCAGCUGUCGUCAGCAAUGGGUCCAUGUAUGUAUUCGGAGGCUUUUCGAGCGUGCUGCUCAAUGACRUGCUUGUUUACCGACCCCCGAGCUGCCGGGCCUUUUCCACAGAGGAGGGCUGUGUGAAAGCUGGACCUGGGGUUCGCUGCAUGUGGAGCAGGGGCCGCUGUCUCCCCUGGAAACCCAGCAUGGCUAAUGGAAGCCUCUCUCCUGCCCCAUUCUGCCCCUCUAAAGCUGCAACGGUGGAUGAGUGGUGCUACAAGUUCUCAGACUGUGGCAGCUGCACAGCAAACACUAAAGGCUGCCAGUGGUGUGAUGACAAGAARUGCAUCUCUGCUUCCAGCAACUGCACCUCUAACGUGAAGAACUUUACAAAGUGUCCGGUGCGGAACGAGCAGGUGUGCAGCAAACUUAACAACUGCAAAAGCUGCUCCCUGAAUCUCAACUGUCACUGGGACCAGAAUCACUCGCAGUGCCUCGCGUUGCCAGCCCAGCAGUGCAGCGAGGGUUGGAGCCAGGUGGGCGAUGCCUGCCUAAGGAUCAACUCCAGUCGCGAGAGCUACGACAACGCACAACACUACUGCAAGAACCUGAACGGAAACAUCGCCUCACUCACCACCUUCAAACAAGUGCACUUUGUGCUUGAAGAGCUCAAGAAGCUCCAGAAACAAGAAAAGCGGCUGUCCCCCUGGGUGGGCUUGAGGAAGAUCAAUGUGUCAUACUGGGGUUGGGAGGACAUGACUCCUUUUACAAACAGCAGCCUGCACUGGCUGCCCGGGGAGCCCAGCGACUCUGGAUUCUGCGCCUACUUGGAGGAKCCUCAGGCGUCGGGCCUGAAGGCCAACGCGUGCACCGCUACCGCUCAUGGGCUCAUCUGUGAGAAAGCUACAGGGAAUCCCAAUCAGAGUUCCCGUUCAUCUUGCAAGAAGCCCUGCUCACUGCACACGAACUGCGCUAACUGUACGAGCCAAGCCAUGGAGUGCAUGUGGUGUGGAAGCACGCAGCGCUGCGUGGACUCCACUGCGUAUGUCAUCUCCUUCCCCUACGGCCAGUGUCUGGAGUGGCAGACCACAGACUGUGUGGCGCAAAACUGUUCAGGACUGCGGACGUGUUCUCAGUGCUUGGAGCAGCCCGAGUGUGGCUGGUGCGGAGAUCCGAGCAGCACAGGAAAAGGGCUGUGCAUGGAGGGCUCCUACCGGGGACCCAUGAAAAGACUGUCGAAGCAGGGCCAGCAGAGUCUUUCCUAUGAUAUGAGCCUGGAGCCAGGCAGCUGCCCUAAAGACAAGGGCUUCGAGUGGGCCUUCAUUCACUGCCCUGCUUGCCAGUGUAAUGGCCACAGCACGUGUGUGAACAGCAGCGUGUGUGAGCAGUGCCGUAACCUCACCACCGGUCCACACUGCGAGACCUGCAUGCCUGGGUACCACGGAGACCCAACCAAUGGUGGCAAAUGCCAGGCCUGUAAGUGUAAUGGUCACGCAAACGUAUGCCAGGUGUUAACGGGGAAGUGCUUCUGCACCACCAAGGGGAUCAAAGGAGACCAGUGCCAGCUAUGUGACUCAGAAAACCGUUACCUUGGCAAUCCACUCAGAGGAACCUGUUACUAUAAUCUCCUGAUCGACUACCAGUUCACAUUCAGCCUCAUUCAAGAAGAUGAUAAUCACUACACUGCCAUUAACUUCAUGGCCUCACCUGAGCAGGCAAACAAGAACUUGGACAUGUCCAUCAAUGCAUCAAACAACUUCAACCUCAACAUCACAUGGUCGGUGGGGUCAACAGCUGGAACAAUCUCUGGAGAGGAGGUGCCCAUUGUGUCCAAAACGAACAUCAAGGAUUACAGAGACAGUUUCUCCUGCGAAAAGUUCACCUUUCGAAGCAACCCUAACAUUACCUUUUAUGUGUACGUUAGUAAUUUCUCCUGGCCAAUCAAGAUCCAGAUUGCCUUCUCCCAACACAGCAGCAUCAUGGACCUAGUCCAGUUCUUUGUGACGUUUUUCAGCUGCUUUCUGUCUCUACUCCUGGUGGCAGCAGUGGUGUGGAAGAUCAAACAGACCUGUUGGGCUUCACGACGCAGAGAACAGCUGAUGAGAGAGCGUCAGCAGAUGGCCAGUCGUCCAUUUGCAUCCGUUGCUCUUUCGCUGGAAGCCAGAGGAGAGCUAACAGAAGUCCUGCAGCCCAUUGUUGAUGGUGUGCCUAAACCUGUUGCGAUGGAGCCUUGUUCUGGAGGGAAAGCUGCCGUGUUGACUGUCCUCAUGCGUCUUCCCUCUGGACCCUCAGGAUUACCUCCUCCAGGACAGUCAGGGCUCAUUGUCGCCAGCGCUCUGAUCGACGUUUCCCAGCAGAAACCCUCAGAUUUUAAAGACAAGUCUCAAGCUUUAAAGAACCGAAAAGCCCUUCCUCCGGCUCACCAAGGGACCUGUGUCUGACUGUCAACCGUUCAGUCCACGGCUCACCGUUUUUCUACAGUCUGAGGUCGUAUCGGUCCAACAUGUCUUGGGUCCCAGCUGGAAGCCUCUUUGCAGAGACGUGACAUGGCUGCUCGUAGAUUAUUCUCCUUCGGCUGCUACCACUCGCCUCCACCUCUCUCGUGUUGCAGGAGCACGAGUCGAGAUGGCUUUUUUUUUUUUCCUUUGCUCUGAUCUGAAUCUGUCAGCUUUGAAAAUCUUGGAAAUCAAGCUACCCCUGCUGGGCCACGA